GCAGGAUCAAACACAUGACAAUGGUGAAAAGGGAGCCCCCGUGAAACAGCGACCCUUCUUCUCUAUCUCUUUAAUCUUUCAUUUAUCUCCGUUCCUUCAAAUCAAAGGAACAGAUAGCCAUUAGCCAUGUACACAUUGCGUAUUGCAUAUACAUGUCGUUGAAAUCUCUUUCUCUCAAUUAUUCAAACCAAACCCCACACCUUUAUUUAUUACGCCCAAUCAUUAUCCCAUUCACAAUCUCUUGUUCGAUCACCACAUUCUCUCCGCCGUCUGAUUUCAUGACUCCCGCAUUGACAUGUCGCCGGCGAUUUUAGACGCCGGUGUUUCCUUUCAAAACCCUAAUCUCAACGGUCAGAUUUCUCAUCCUCUGUUGUUGUCUUUUUUUGCUUCUUAUUUAAAUUUGAUUUCUCAAACGGAACAGCCACGAGUGCAGAGAUUCUUCGUCAACAACAUGAAUCCAUCAAAUUUUGGUGAUUUAAAUUCUGGAUUUUCGAAUUCGAGCGGAAAUGGCCAGAGUUUGAGCUUUAACUCGCCUUCUAUUACGCGAUCAUCAUCGGGAAAGCAUCAUUCUAGGCCGAGAAUGCUGAAAGUUAGAAGGCAAUCGAGUUCCCAGAAUUUGAAAUCCGCAGCUGAUGUAACAGGUCUAGGAUUCAAUCCCUUUGCACCUGUUUCGAAUCCUGUUCAGCAGGAUGUUUCGAGUUCUGGUGAAUUCGGGUUUGGCAAAGGUGGAAACGAGGCAUUUGCUUUUGAAGCCACGAAGAGUAAAUCAGGUAGGAAUUCAUAUUCCGGGCAGUGGAAUGUCGAAAGCGAAGUCAUUGAACAAAUGAAAAAUGUGAGAAUUGGAACUGGAAAUGUAUUUCUGAACAAUAAAUUAAAUGCAAGUGAUAGAAGUGAUUUUGUGUUUGGGAGUGAUCAGAAUAAGAGUUUUGGUAUUGAUGAUAACAUGAAGAAGUUGACCAUUGAUGAUAAUGAGAUUGGUAAGGUUGUUGAUGAAAGGACCAAAUUAAUGGGAAAUGAUAAUGCCAAAUUUGGGUUUAGAAGUGGUGCCAAUGCGCCUUCGUACAUUGGGAAAAGUGUGGAAUCAAGGCUACCAGAAGAGCUGAAGAAGAAAUUGAAUAUCAAAGAGACAGAAGAUUUCAAUGGAGGUACUGGUACCUCCAGGGCGCGUGAUUUGAAAGAAUCUGGGUGCAAAAGUGGUGCUGAAGUUGAAGAUGCAUUUACUGAAAGCUUGGAGAAUACACUUCCGGAUCAGAUUAAGAAUUUGAAUGUCAAGGGCUCUGCGGAUGUUAAUGACAUUGAUAAUAAGACCUGUGAGAAAAAUAGUUUUGCUUUUGGAAAGAUGGAAGGGACCAGGAGUUAUGAGCGUGCAGAAAGAGAGAAUAUACUAUCUAGCGAGAUGGAGAAUAAGUUGAAUAUUAGAAAUCAAAUGGCAGGAUCUUCUGUUCAAACAGACAUGGAAUUUACUUCUCCUGCAGAUUUUGGAAAGGAUAUGCAAACUGGAAAUGGGGGCGAUAAGAACUUUCAGGAUUUUGGUGAUACUUUUCCCACGGAAUUUGCUUCUAGGGGAGGAAUACAUGGUAAGGAAGCAACUGGUAGUCAAUUUCCUAUAGAUCAACCAAAAUUUGAAGCACAACCAAGUGGAGUUGCUGGACCAUCUACUGCAUUCUCAUCUGGCGGCUUUGCUGGUGGAUAUCCUUUUGGUUUGCCACCAAUGGGUAGAGCAGAGAAAAGGGAUGGGUUUAUUUUUACAAGCAAGCAAGAUGCUUCUGGGUCACCCUUCGUUGAAUUCAAAACACCAAAUGUAAAAGGAAAUGUAUUCGGUGGCUUCAAUCAGAAAGUGGAAGUCAGUGCGAAAUUUAAAGAUUCCAAAGUAAAGAAAACAAAGGGAAAAUCGAAGCAACCUACCAAAGUCCAUCUAUGGCCUGGACAAGAUUUUGUUUCAAGGGAAAGUAUUUAUCGUGAAAUCCCAGAGGUUUCUGAAUCUUACUCACCUAUGGAUGUUUCACCGUAUCAGGAAAUGUUAUCUGAUACUCAGUUUUCCAGGGAAACUUCUGUUGCCUCGGAAGAGUCUUUCAGUCUUGACAACCAAUGUCCAUCAACUGAUUCAAAACCAACUGCUUUGGAUGAUGCAAUAGAUGAAGAAUUGGCUGUUGCAACCCAAAAAAUGGAUAUAAACGAGGAGGAUGUGAAAUUCAGAAGAAUGAAAAAGGAAGGUUCUGAUUAUCAUUCUGACAGAAGUAUUGGUGCUGAAAAUCCUCGAGAAGAGUCCAUAUCCGGGGCUGAAACAGAAAGCUUUAAAUCUGCAAAUGAGGAAAUAGACUUUGUCAAUGAUAUUAUGGUUACUUCUGCAGAAAAUGAAGCCAGUUCAAGCACAAAUGUAGAGAGGCAAGAUAUUGAUGUCAGUACUCAAUUUGGUUCUCCUAGAUGUUCAGAGGAUGUAGGUGGAUCAGGUUUCACUUUUGCUGCUUCAUCUGCUGCUCAAGCAUCAUCAAAACAUCAUCAUAAAAUGAAGAAUUGGGCUAAAGUUGGUCGCAGUUCCUUUAAUUCCAGCCUAAAUGUGAAAGUUACGCGUUCGUCAUCUUCUUCACAGUUGACUUCAUCCUCUGGAUCUUCAUUGCCUUCAUCCCCAUCCCUAGGCAAGAAAGUAGGCCUAUCCACUCCAUUCCACAUGGUUGGAGAUAAUUUGGAGGUCCUUAGAGGACAGGAGAUGAAGCAAGAGUCUGAUUUGAUUUCAGCUGCAUCUAUUGCAGCUCAGGAAGCAUGUGAGAAGUGGCGAUUAAGGGGUAACCAAGCAUAUACACGCGGGGAUUUGUCUAAAGCAGAGGAUUUUUACACACUAGGGAUUAAUUGUAUUUCUAAGAGUGAGACAUCCAGAAGUACUCUCAGGGCAUUGAUGUUGUGCUAUAGCAACCGUGCAGCAACACGUAUGUCUCAAGGAAGAAUGAGGGAUGCACUAGGAGAUUGUAAGAUGGCUGCUGAAAUUGAUCCCACUUUUCUCAGGGUGCAAGUUAGAGCUGCAAAUUGUUAUCUGGCCCUAGGGGAAGUUGAAGAUGCAUUACUGUAUUUCAAGAAGUGCUUGCAGUUAGGAAGUGAUGUUUGUGUGGACCGAAAAAUUGCAGUAGAAGCAUCUGAGGGAUUGCAAAAGGCUCAGAAAGUGUCGGAAUGCUUGCUUCGCUCUGCUGAUCUUUUGCAAAGGAAAACAUACAACGAUGCAGAGAGUGCUUUGGAACUAAUCACAGAGGCUUUGGUUAUAAGUCCAUACUCGGAGAAAUUAAUUGAAAUGAAAGCAACAGCACUUUUCGUGCUGCGAAAGUUUGAAGAAGUUAUUCAGCUGUGUGAGCAGACUUUUCAUUCAACUGAAAAGCACUCUCCUCCAAUUGGUGCCAAUUACCAGUCAACAGGUUUGGAUGGCACUGAAUUUAUGGAGGACUCCUCCUUUAGUCUUUGGAAGUGCCAGCUCAUUUUCAAAUCCCACUUCUACCUUGGAAGGCUGGAGGAUGCUAUUAGUUCACUAGAAAAGCAAGAACAUCUGAUUGCAAAGAGGAACGAUAGCAAGAUGAUGGAAUCAAUGAUUCCUUUAGCUUCCAUUGUACGAGAACUCUUACGCCAUAAGGCUGCAGGAAAUGAAGCAUUCCAAGCAGGAAGACAUUCAGAAGCGAUUGAACAUUACACUGCUGCGCUGUCAUGUAAUGUAGAGUCACGUCCUUUUGCGGCUAUUUGUUUUUGCAAUCGAGCUGCUGCAUACAAAGCAUUAGGCCAAAUUACUGAUGCUAUUGCAGACUGCAGCCUAGCAAUAGCUCUUGAUGGAAAGUAUCUAAAGGCAAUUUCUAGACGAGCCACUUUAUAUGAGAUGAUUAGGGAUUAUGGACAAGCAGCCAGUGAUCUUCAGAGACUUGUAGCUUUCCUCACUAAGCAAGUAGAGGAGAAGAACAAUCAGCAUGGAUCGUCUGAUAGACUGGGAAACUUGGCAAAUGAUCUUAGACAAGCUCGCAUGCGUCUUGGGACAAUUGAAGAAGAAGCCAGAAAGGAUAUCCCUCUGAAUAUGUACCUCAUUUUGGGAGUUGAACCUUCUGCUUCAACAUCUGAAAUUAAGAAGGCGUAUCGGAAAGCUGCACUUAGGCACCAUCCUGACAAGGCUGGUCAGUCCUUGGCGAGGAGUGAGAAUGUAGAUGAUGGGCUCUGGAAGGAGAUAGGAGAAGAAAUUCACAAGCACGCAGACAGACUCUUUAAAAUGAUCGGGGAGGCAUAUGCAGUACUUUCGGACCCUACCAAGCGCUCACAGUAUGAUCUUGAAGAAGAAAUGAGGACUGCUCAAAAGAAACACAAUGUAAGCGGUGCAUACAGAACAUACACAGAUACCCAGAACUAUCAAUUUGAUAGAAGUGGUGGCCCUAGGAGACAAUGGAGAGAGGUUUGGAGAUCGUACGGUGGUAGGUAACUGACCCUAGGAGACAACCGAAAGGCCAGCUGCUUCGUCCAACAGAUUUGAUUAUGGUUGUGUCUGCUUCCUUGAUAAGAAUCUCCAUUUUUCAGAGUGACAGUAGUUUUGCACAAUGAGAACUUCAAAAUUUCUGACAAAAGUUAAGCAGAUGACGGGUUUGAUUGUUUCGCUGCUAUCUGUAUGUUGCUUCAAUUCAGAGGGCUAGCAGAUGUGAGAUUGCUUUAGCUACUUUGAGAAUAAUGUCUUUACAGGGAGAUAGAGUUCCUUGAAUGGCUGAAAGCUGGGGUGAAAAUCAUGGUUUCUCACACAUAAAGGAUUUGUUUUUUUUUUUUUUUUUUUUUUUUUU